AAUCAACUGUCAUCAUGGUUUCCACAUCUUCUAUCACCGUUUUAGCCCUUUCCAGUCUCGCCUUAGCUCAAAAUGCCCCAGUUUCUACUGAUUCUCCGCAAGGAGUAACUUAUGUUGCUAAAUUUGUUCCAAAUUCCAAGUCCAACAUCUCCGGUACCGUUCAAUUCGAAGCUGCCAAGAAUGGAUCUGUCUUGGUCAAUGUUGAUGUUCAAGGAUUGCCAUCUCAAGGUGGUCCAUUCCCAUACCACAUCCACGAAAAGCCAGUUCCAAGCGAUGGUAACUGUACUGGUACCUUGGGUCACUUGAACCCAUUCAAUGGAACCACCACUUCUACCGUUGCUGCUGGUAAGGAAGCUGGUGAUUUAGCCGGUAAACACGGAAAUAUCACUACUAGUCCAUUCCAAACUGAAUUUGUCGACAACUACAUCUCCUUAAACCCAGACAAUGCUGCUUACAUUGGUGGAUUAUCUGUUGUUAUCCAUGCCAGUGACAACUCUAGAUUAACUUGUGCUAACAUUACCAAGGAAGAUGCUAAGAAAUCCAAUGAAACUGAAACUUCUGCCGUUACUUCUGCUAAUGCUGCUGGUAACUUGGUUGCCAAUGGUUUCGUUGCUGGUGCCCUUGCUGGUGUUGUCGCUUAUUUGAUCUAGAUAAUUAUGUAAUUAACAUAUUUAAGUAACCGUUUAGAAUUAUAAAUUGUU